AUGGAGCGAAUCGCCCCAUCGGACCGGCUCCUGGAGGCCUACGCGGAAGAGCUUUGGGGCUUGGGCCACGUGCAGUUUGACACGGAGACGGGCUUCGGCAGCGCCGUCACGCGGUCUUUUUAUGCAGAGGUUGCCAGAGCACUGCAGAACAGGGCCACGAACCGAAAGGUUCCCAUGUGGGUCGAGGAUGAUUCAAGCAGCAGCGGCAGCAGUGGCAGCGGUGGCGGGUCCAGUCAGCACCUACGCUGCCGCUCCGGGCUGUGGGCUGCCGAGCGCCGUUUCCGCUUCCUGGGCCGCCUGGUGGGGCGCGCACUAAAGGACGGCUUCAUUGUCCCAUUGCCACUGGGAGAGGUCUUUUUUGCCCGGACUCUCUUGGGCCAGAAGCCCGCCAAGCUGCACGAGAGCAGCAAACGAGAACCGCUGGCAGCGUUGCCCAGGACCGUCAUUGGUGUGCCUGGAGCGGGCUGCGCCGGAGAGCUGUGCGGCACCUUGGCCGAUUUCGUUGCUGCGCUGAAGUCGGGCGAGGAAGUUUUUCGCCGCAAGCGGGAAGAGGCGGGUCUGGGCAGGCCUUCGGCCGAAGAGCUGCGGAGCUGGCGCAGAUCUCAGGGUCGGGAGCGAGACUUCACCACGCGGUUUCUGGCAGCAGGAGCUAUCCCUGAGCCAAUGUCUUUCGAGGACUACAUGUCCUUGGUUGGUGUCAGCUUCUUGGAGACUGGCCUGAGUGGUGCUCCUUUGUGUCCGGGUGGUGCUGAUCGGGCUGUCACAGUCGAGAAUGUCGAAGAGUUCGUCGAACUCGCCCACGCUUACUGGUGCGAUGAUGGAGUAAGGGGUCAGCUCACAGCCUUCCGAGAGGGCUUGGACGAGGUCAUACCCGUAGAGUGCUUCAGUGCCUUCAGUGCUCUGGAGCUACGCGACAUGAUAUGUGGGGAAGACUCCGUGGAGUGGGGCGAACAAGAGUUACUGGAUCAUCUGCGUCCAUCAGGUGGUCUCACUGAACAAUCGCCGGCAUACCAACACUUGGUGGCUGUCUUGCUGGACAUGGAUCAGGUGAACCGGUCUCGCUUCCUCGAUUUCGUUUCAUCUUGCCCGCGAUUUCCACCCGGAGGUAUCGAUUCGUUCCACGUGGACGUGUUCCCAGACUCGACUGCAGGACGUGGAUUCCCACGAUCGCGCGCCUGCGCCAACCAGCUGUAUUUGCCCCUGUACAGAUCCAAAGAGGAAUUAAGGGAGAGACUCCAUGAGGCGAUGCAUGGUUCUGCUGGACAUCAUGAACAGGAGCAACGUAUCCUGGCAUCAUGA